CGUGGCUACUAGUGACGGCUUGGUCUCAAGAAACCGUUGAUGCUCAAAAGCCAACAAACUGUUGCAAGCAACAACAACAACCGUCGGAGCAUACGACACCAGGCACUGCCUUUGUUCUCUCCUUUCGUCUGGGCUUCCGAUCUACCAACCUUCCAGUUGCAGCCCACGUACCAGGUACCGUAUUGCUUCUUGUGGUUGGUCGGCAAAUUUACUCGCAUCAGCUACGCCGACAAGAUGGUCUUUGCAGCGAUUCUUUCCAAUGAAACGACGACAUGCCUAUGAGUACUCUCGAGACCUCAAUCUCUCAGGAUUCCACCUACGAAACUAUCAAUCAGAAUCGAGCCUUCCUGCUCUUGCUCGGGUUUCUCUUCGGCAUGAUGAUUUGCGCUGGCCUGUGGUCUUUCUCGAAGAAGCUUUCCGUCCCCAUUCAACCAGAAAAUCACGAAUCGAAGGCUUCUGACGAUGGCUCCACGAGCAGUACAUUUAGUCACGCCAGUGAUGAAUCAAGCUCUGCCCAACUCGGACAACUACAUGUACAAGCAAGCAAGAAGCAGACCUCUGACAGCUCCUCCGACCUUAUGCUCUUUCUGGACCUUGACAAGACGCUCAUAUACUCGGAUAGAGGCUUCGCCAGACCAAGCAACAAAGACGACGACUACUUCUUCAUUACCUUGCCUACAACCGGCUCUAUGAAAAUCCACAAACGACCUCACCUGGAUCACUUUCUCAAGACGAUCUCCAGUCGAUUUGAAGUGUACAUCUUCACGGCUUCGGAAUCCAUAUACGCCGACAAGAUUCUGGAUCAUUUGGACCCACACGGAAGUAUCUUUUCCGGACGCUGGUAUCGCCAAUCCUGCAGCGGACUUCAGAAGAAGCACCCUAUCUCUUGGAGAAAGGAUGUCCUACAACUAGGCAUUCCUGUCGAUCCGAAACGUUUCAUUCUAGUUGAUGACAUACCAUACUUCUUGCUCGCAAACCCUUCCAAUGGAAUCCCGAUAACGCCCUUCGAAAACACGGAUCCCACUGACGAUUUCUUGCUCAGCUUGCAGGAAUAUCUUAUUCACCUCGACGAGGAACACAACGAUGACGUUCGUCCUAGUUUGGAAGAGACGUUCCUUCUACCUUCCAAGGAUGCUCAAAAGCAGUGGUUUAAAAAGGGGAAAAGCUUUCAUAUCGAUACAUCUAAUGAACGCCAUCCGCCAACUCCCUGAGCCUACAAACAGACAGCAAAGCCAACAUUUUCCUCAAUCGAUGGUGCAGAAAGUAGCUGCAGCAUGAACCGUGACAUUGACCACAAUCAAGAUGAAUGUACGAAACAAAAUCUAUCGCAUAGAUAGAAUGAAUGAAUAUCCCUUUAAUUAAGCUUUUAAAGCAAAAUUCUACUUU